AUCAAAUUACUAACUUAACUAUAAUUUAUAUAUUAAUUUAUUUUAUAUAUUUUAUAACUAUUGACGUACUAUUAAACAUACCAUUUAAAGAAGUAUUUCGUACUAAUUUUGCAUGUGUUUGGUGAAUGGUAUAUUUAUGAAGAUCGGCAGAAGACAGAUAUAUUGCAGGUUGGUUUUACUACUGCUAGCAUUGAUUUCUUGGUUUAAAUUAUUUUGACCCUACCAAAAUUUUAUGUGAAACUUAUUGCCAUAAAUUAUAUCGUAUCGUAGGUAUUCCGUUCGGAAAUGGAAAGAAGAGACGUGGCGAUUCCCCAAUAUUUUUCUUCAACCAUUACUCCCUUAUCCACCUUAUUGCCAUAAUAAUUUUGUUGGUGGGAGAAUAAAUGGAGGUUGGUCUAAAGCAACUGAACACCAUACCAUGCAAGAACUACAAUUCAUUCCCCGCUAGUCUCCAACACCAACGCAUCACUCCUAUUCCUUUGCCAAAAACCUAGCUAAUUAAACCAGCUGCUGAAACAUGUCCACACAACUACUUCUAACCUUCCUUUGCCUAGUAGUAAUCUUCCUAUGGCAUUGGCUUCUCAGAAACAAGCAUUCUCCGGUCUACCAAUGGCCGUUGCUGGGAAUGCUGCCAAGCCUCCUCUUCAACUUAUCCACAAUCCACGACUUCUUAACCCGAGCUUUGAGGCAAACCGGCGGAACAUUCCUUCUCAAGGGACCUAGCUUCAUCAACGCAGACUACAUCCUCACUAGCGAUCCCGCGAACAUCAACCACAUCUUCAACAAGCACGCCGCUAACUACGACAAGGGUCCGGACUUCAAGGCCAUAAUGGAAGCUGUGGGCGACGGGAUCUUCAAUGUCGAGGGCGAAUCCUGGAAGUUACAGAGGAAGCUCCUCCAUUCUUUGUUGAACAACUCCGAGUUCGAGGGUCACGCCAUGCAGAUCCUCACACAAAAGAUGAGGAACACCCUUAUGUCGGUCCUCGACCGAGCGGCGAGGACGGACAACAAUGAGUUGGUAGACCUACAAGACGUGUUUAAGAGGUUCAUGUUUGACAACAUGUGUCUUCUGGUCUUGGGAUUCGACCCUCAUUACCUCUCCGACGUUGGGUCCGACGAUGGCGGCAGGCUCCCUGAUAGUGCAUGUGGCAAGGCAUUCGAAGUGUUGGAGGAGGUGGCGCUCUUCCGACACAUAGUUCCGAUGUGCGUGUGGAGGCUUCAACAACGACUUCAGAUUGGAAUGGAGUGGAAGUUCAGUCGAGCUUGGAGUACCCUUGAUCAAUUAUUGUAUGGUAGCAUCAAGAGGAAGAAGCAAGAAUUAGCGACAAUCAACAUUGAUGUGACUAAAAGAGACAAAUUAGAUUUGUUGACACAAAUCCUGGUCAUGAAAGAUGAGGAUGGCGGUGGUGACAAAAACAUCAUCGAUAAAACAUCUGACAAGUUUCUGAGGGAUACUACAUUUACCUUAAUUGCAGCCGGGAGAGACAGCAUCACUGCGGGCCUUACUUGGUUGAUAUGGUGUGUGGCAAACCACCCCAAUGUUGAGAAAAGGAUUCUCGAAGAGCUGAGACAAGUGAUGAUGGCUCGACUAUCAAGCACGAUUGAUGGAGAAGAAAGAGGUGGAUUUUUUAUAAAUGACGAGUUGAACAAACUUGUUUAUCUCCAUGCAACCGCCUGUGAGACACUGAGGUUGUACCCACCAGUGCCAUUCGAGCACAAGUGCGCUGUGGAGUCGGAUGUUCUUCCAAGCGGGCACACAAUACGUAAAGAAGACAGGAUAUUAUUCUCCAUAUACACCAUGGCUAGGAUGGAAGAAAUAUGGGGAGAGGAUUGCAUGGAGUUCAAACCAGAGAGGUGGAUUUCUGAUAAAGGAACGAUACUACAUUUCUCGUCGUACAAGUUCAUGACCUUCUUGACUGGGGCAAGGACCUGUUUGGGGAAGAAUAUGUCAUUCAAGCAAGUCAAGUCCCUGGCUAGUGCUCUCCUUUGGAACUACAAGUUUGAACUCAUAGAUGACGGUCCCUCUAUUAGGCCAGCGGUUAGCAUGAUGUUGUUCAUGAAAGAUGGGUUGAAGAUGAGAGUCUCCAAGAGAGACCACUGAGAACAAUGUUCAUGUUGCUUUCUUAAUGUAGGAUUGUCUAUUAUAUUGUUGUGGUCUAGCAGAAGUGCUUGGUCAAUUUGUCACUAUGUCUAGGGUUUGCAUCAAUGAGUCGUUUGAGGUCUUCUUCUUUCCAUUAUUUGUGUUGUCCAUGUGUAAAUGGGUUAUUGUAUCAAGUUUCCAUUUUUCCUUUACAUCUUAUCUUUCAUUAUCUUUAAUUAAUCUAAUUUUGAAUCAUAUUUUUAUGUUCAAUUUCUUCGUAAAAGGCAAUGGCUCCAGAGUGUCACAUUCGUGCUACUGCUAAUUAUGAAUAAUUUCUUGAAGCUAACAACUUCAAUGAUACGAGGACGUAGAGUCACGAGAAAAUGACGGAGACAAUAAGAUGGAUGUCUCUCUUCGACCGUUGUGAAAUUUGGCAAAAAGAAAUUUUUUUUUUGGUGAUAGACGGAAGAAUGAUAGAAGAAAUGAGCAAUAGAAAGACAAUGAUAAAAGUGGGUCUAUGAAAACGUGACAAUGACAUGAUUUUAAAGGUUGUGCUAAAAUAGUAAUUUAUUUGCAAAAUAAUUCAAUAAAGUCAUUUGAGACUUUCGUAUCUCAUACAUUUUUUUGUCAGCGAAUUAGCCAUUUGGUAUUAGAUGCCUCAAGCAAACGACACUAAGCUAUCAAGGCUAGGGAGACAGGCGACUCGACUUCGGAGCUCAGAUUACAAACUCAUCAAGUGGCUUCAUUUACUCAGAACUCUAAAGCCUUGACAUCUCUCAAUUAGUUGAUGCUUAAAAGGUGAUUGGGAGGGGUUAUGGUAAUUAAUAUGGUAUAGUUAUUAUUAGGGUUGGGAUAAUUAUUUAGGGUUUGAAAUAUUAUAUAGAAAGUUAUUUAAAAGAUAGUAAUUUGGUAUAGUUAUUAUUAUUUUUUCAAAAUUAUCCCUAAUCAAUCCUAACAGUUAGUUUAAAAUAUUGAAAAUGAAUAGUACAGAUGUAGUUACUAAAAAUAUAGUAACCAUCUUAAUUCAUCCCAAUGAAUUUCUAUCAUUCUCGUUCACAAAACUAUUUCUUUCCCUCUCCCCCCCUAAGGGUGACCAGGUCCUUGACUGUGACCGACUUCUCGUGCUUUCUUUCUUCAUAAGUGCCACAGAUCCUGAUCAUUAACAAACUACUGAAUAGAGACGAGAAGAAUUGAAAAAGAGAGGAGAAGAAUGGUCGGCGACCCUUAAAGAAGGAAGAUAGACGAGAUUGAGAGAGAAGAAAUUAGAUUAGGAUUGGAGACUAUGAAUUCUUCUGCAAUUUGCUUCACUUCUUAAUUCUUCCCAAAUUUAGACUAUAUAUUAAAAAUUAAUAAUUACAAAAUUCAUAAUAGUAAGCAAACCUACAAAAUAUGAUAAUCCAAAGUGUACUCGAAACACAAUUAAACAGUUUACAACGUAACAUGAUAAUAGAUCGGAAGGGCAUGUUUCUGUUGCGAUUCAACCUACACCUUCAGACUUCAUCCAUCUCAACGCAUUCGCAACUUAGAACUUAACUGGAUCUAGAAAUCAAGAACAAACGCCUAUGUCAAUCCUUUUGUUAAAUGUUAUAGUACUUGUUUCAAAGGAUUGGACAUUUAUGAUCGAAUAUUUUGAGAUAUAUAGUCAAAUUUUGAAUUUUCACCGUCGGCAGCCAAAGAUUUUUACAUUGCUAGCUAGCUAGCUGUCUGCAGCCUGAUAAAGAGUGCAAGCCCUCUGUCUGUUCGUGUAUUUACUAUUUUUGGAAUACAGAGUACUGUUCAAU